UCAGCAGGGGGCGCCGGGGUCCUUGAAUUCAUGCCCCCGUGAUCCAGGCCAGUCCUUGCAGCCAGGCUGGUUCUGUUGGGAAGUGGGGGGUGGGCCCGGGGCUGGUGGUCUGAGCACAUAGUGAGGCCUGGCCCAGGGUAGAGGGGGUGGCACCUCUGCCUGACAGAUGGGCUUCCGGGGCCAGCAGGGACACUGCUGGCCUAGCACCCUGUGUGUGGGGAGGGCCAGGAGGCCCCAGGGAGGAAACCAGCCUGGACCAGAGGGGUUGUGACACUGGGUGGGCCUACGGGCCCGGGGGCCCCAGGGAUCUUGAGAAGGAAGGGAGGUGAGGCUCUCUGCAGUGAGCAGCUGCCCACAACUGGUGGUGCACCCCAUGCCCUCCCCGCAAGCCCAGGGAAGAUCCCCAUCCUGGGCAGCCGGGGACAAGGGAGGCCAGAGCCCAGACCUGCCCUUGAGGAGCUUCUGUAUGUCAGGGAGUGGACGACAGAGUGUAAGUGCAUGUGGCCGUCACGGUGCGAAGGGUGGCGUGGGCCUUGGGAGAGGGCAGCUUGAGCCCAGGGCUGACGUGUCCGCAAGGGCCUGAGGGGGGCAUGGACACACCUGGGCAGAGCUGGUGCUCCAGGCUGUGGACCUAUGCAAAGGCCCUGGGGCAGGACUGUGCCUGGUGAGCUGGAGGAACAGCCAGGAGGCCCGUGUGUCUGGAGCAGAGUGAGCGAGGGGGAGAGAGGGAGGAGGGGAGGGCAGGGAGGAGACAGGGCAGGUUGUGCAGGGCCUUGGGGAGGACUUGGGCUGUUACCCCAGGAGGGAGGGUGGGACCCUGGAGGGCUGUGGGCAGAGAGGGGAAGGGACACCCUUCCCCUUGGUGUGGAGACCUGGAAACAGGUGGGCAGGGGCGCAGCGACCAGGGAGGACGCCCUGCCCGGGCAGGCAAUGACAGGACUGCGGCCACAAGCAGGUGGAAAUGGUGAAAGGCAGGCAGGUUCUGGAUUUCUUGUGAAUGUUUUAACUUGUAGUAAAACGUGUGUAACAUUUUAAGGUAUACAAUCCUGUGGGUUUUAGUAUAUUUACUAUGUUGUGCUGGCUACCACCAUCUAAUUCCAGAACAUUCCAUCACCCCCAAAAGAAGCCCCAUCCCCAUUAUCAGUCACCCCCACCCCCCUCCCAGCCCCUGACAACCAUGAAUCCACCCUCUGUGUCUGUGGGUUUGCCUGUUCUGGACGUUUCCCAUCAAUGGAAUCAGACACUUUUGUGUCUGGCUUCUCUCCCUGAGCUUCGUGUUCUCCAGGUUGUGUCAGCGCGUCACCCCUUUCCAUGGCUAACGUUCCAGUGUGUGGAGGGACCCUGUUUUGGGUUUCUGUUCUGCGGUUGGUGGGCAUUUGGGUUGCUUCCGCUCUGGCUGUUGUGGAUCGUGCCACUGUGAACACGUGUGUGCAGAUUCUCGCGCUGGAUGUAUUUUGGAAACAGAUGAAGGACUGGACGGGGGUGGGGUGAGAAGGGAGGACCUGGGGGCUGCAGGGCUGCUGGCCUGAGCACCUGGAAGGGUAGGGCUGAGGUUGUGGAAAGGAAAUUCUGAAGCUUCGUUGGGUUUGGAGGCCCCCAUGCGGCUGUGUUGGGGGACAGAGAAGAGGUGGGAGGGCUGAGCCCCAGGUCGGCCCUACCCAGAUGAGCGCCCGCCUCCUUCUUCAGCCUCUGCUCUCCCUGCUCGGCCCCUCAGCUGGGGGAGAGGCAGUGGCCUGGAUGGUGGCCAGCAGACCCAGCUGUUGCCAGGACACCGGGCUGCCUUUGUAGCUGUCAACAAUGGCCCCGCAGGCCUCGGAGGCAGGAGCCCCCGGGCACCCAGAGGCAGACAUGCAGACCCUGAGGCAGGAGGCUGCCCGGCCCUACGUCCCCCGGGGGACUCUGGAAGUGAACCUCCCGGCAUCUCUAUACAGCAAUGACUACCUGUCCCAGGAGGGGCCCUGUCAGACACCGGCCAUCAAGCAGGAGAUGCGCUGGAAGUACACACCCAUGGGACGCGACGCGGCCGGCCAGCUGUGGUACACGGGCCUGACCAACUCGGACUCCCGAGAAGCCUGGAACAUGCUCCCUCGGGCUCUGGACAGCCCACACUUCAAGGCUUAUGCCCACAGGCACGGAUGCCACAGCCCCAGGGAGCGCAGCAUGCCCAGCAUGCCCUCGGCCUACACCCAGCGUCUCCGGGAGACCGCCUGGUACGACCCCAUCAUCCCUGUGCAGUACAGGGGCCCCCGCGCGCAGUACAGGAGCGUGCUGUGGAAAGACAGACCCAACCGGGACGAGGAGUACGUGAUCCACAGACACCAAUUCGGGGUCAAGCCGCUGUGGCAGGCAUCUGACUACGUGCCAUACCUGUCGGCGCCCCAGCGCCCGCGCUACACCACCCAGAACUACCGGCAGUGGGACCUGGAACCCUGCUGCCCCUCCACCAACCAGCAGCCCCGGCUUGUCUACACGGCCAGUCACUGAUAAAGAUCUCGUGCUGCUGGUGUGGCUCUUCAGGGACCCGGCGCCUCUCCCCCAAGGCAUCUGUCCACCUCUGGGGCUGGGGCCUGGGGAGGUCAGGCAGCCAGAUGAAGGGAGCUCUGAACCAGGACCCUAGUGACCAAGCUCCAGGGCAGAGUCAGACAGAUGACCUCUCCUGCCCUCGGCUCCCCCUACCCCGGGCCCCAGGCCAAGGCACAGUCCUGGCCCCAGGCGGCUCUUUAUUCACUGUCAGCAGUGGCCUAGGCGCAGGGAGCCACACUCGGGGCCCCGGCGUGCUGAGCCUCACCAUCGCCACGGCCAGGGUCUGGGCCCAGCCCCCUAACCCUGAGGCUGGGGCUCCUGGCAGGCUCCGCAAUGGCUCUGUCCUCCAGGGCCUGGCGGCACCCAGUAGUAGAACCCGGCAGACCCUAGGCUGGCCGGGGCUCAGCUCGGGACAGGCCCUGCGCCCAGGAGCCUCACAUCCGGCCCCCACACAACACAGGGCACCCCGAAUCAUCCAAACAGCUGGGGGUGGGUCAGAGUCGGGAUUGGGGUACCCCAGACCCACAAGGACCCCACCAGCUCCUGAAUACCAGAGGGCCUAGCUCAGUGUCCCCGCCCUAGAGAAGCUAGGGAGAAGCUGCUGGUAUCCCACCCACCCUGACCGCGCCCACCAAGCCCCACCCGACCCCCACAGCCAGGCAGGGAUGGGACAGACGCAGGAGUGGGAUCAGAGCAGCAAAGGGGCCGCUGCAGGCCUCGUUGGGCAGCGAGCGUUCACAGUCGCGGUUAAUUUACAAAGGGUAAAGGACCAUGGCGCGGUGUCAAGGUUGGGCUCCAGGGUGCCCUGCAAGAGAAGGGGGUGGAAGUGGGGUUAGGGAGGGCGGGGCCUGUCCUGGCCCAGACCUACACACCCAUGGCUGGUUUGGGGCUUUUGUGGGGUGGCGGGGCCUGCAACUCACAGCUCCGAAGGCGGAUGGGCCAGACCAGGAGACUGCACAGAGCCAGGGUGGCAGCCACGCCCACGCCACCCGUCACGGCCACCAUCACCCAGUGGUAGAAGGCCACGCAGGCUUUGCAGCAGAGCUCUGAGCUGGGGGCAGGGGAAGGGCAGAAGGGGGUGAGCAGACGCCUGUGGGUACCUGCCAGCCCCAGCCUGGACCUCCUGCUCCUCCCAUCUCAGCUGGGGCACCCCAUCUUUCCCCACACUCAGGCCAGGACCAAGUGGUUGCCCUCAACCCCCUCCUCCCCUCCAACAGCUGAUACUUCAGUCAGUAAGGUCAGCUCUGCCUUCCAAGUCUACCCCAGACCGCCCAUUUCUCCUCCCUCGGGAUCCAGCCCCGUCACCACCUGCCCCCCAACCAUCCUAGUCCCCUCCCUGUUCCCACCCUCCCUUCCCUGUCUGUCCUCCCCGCAGUAGCCGCCAGAGGGCGUCUGUGAGCACCUGACUCAGGCCCCGCCCCUCUGCUCACAGCCCUCCACGGGCCCACCUCCCUUGGGGCAAAAACCUGUCCUCCUUGUGGCCCACAAGGCCCUGCACGACCCGUCCCCUCCCUGCCCUCCCCUCCUCCCUCUCUCCACCUUGCUCACUCUGCUCUAGCCACAAGGGCCUCGUUGCUGUCCUUCCACCAUGCCAGGCACAGUCCUGCCCCGGGGCCUUUGCACAAGGCUGCUCCUCCCCAUACGCCUAGAACUCCCUGACAUCCUCCAGGUCUUGGGUCCCACGUCACCUCAAGGCAGCCCUUCCUGACUUCUCGCCACAGUCAGGCCUCCCCAAGUGGUGUCCUUCACACCCUUUGUACACAUUUAUUCAUGAGAUUAUUCAUGUGGCUCGUGUUGUCCCCAGCUCCAUGAGGACAGAGGACCAGGCCAGCUUUCAUUCCCAAAUCCUGGGCUUCUACAGGGUGCAAACUCAGGUCUAGAACCAUCUGGGGCUGGAACCCUAGGUUCUGAGGGUCUGAAUUACAGGGAUUCCAGGCUCUCCCUCUGCCCUGUCCGCUCACAUCCCCCCGAUCCAUCUGUGUGUCCUCAGCACCCGGCCCAGGACAGACUGUCGGCUCAGUAAAUAAAUGGGUUCUUGAGAUAGGGAAUAACUCGGUCUCCCUGGCUGUGAGGCCACCGAGGCGGGGUCUUCUGUUCUCAUGGAAUUAGCAGACCUGGGGCAGCGCCUGGGGCACAGCACGGCCUCAGCACAGCUCAUUAAACGCAAGAACAAAUGGAUAGGGGUACUCACGAGCAGGGGUGCAGGCUCUGGAUGGCCAUGACUGCCAGCCCAUUGGCCACCUUGUCCAAGAAGCUCAUGGCGCCAUACACGAAGGCUCCGCUGUGCUGGGGGGACACGAGCAGGGGGUCAGCAUCCCAGGCCUCGGCCCUGGUCCCCAACCCCAACCCGGACUGGCUCAGCAGCCCUACCGUAUGGGGGCCGAUGAGGUCAGCCGUCAUGGCCAGCGAGGUGACGAGGAUGGUGGCACAGCCCAUGCCCAGCAGCACAGCCACCACAUACACAGCCACACCCAGCUCAUCCGCCAGUGCCACCCAGGCUGCGAAGGCCAGGAUCACCAGGAGGCCCACAAAGUAGGUCAUCUGCAGAGAGCCCAGCCCAGCAUCAGGCCCACCUUGCUGGGCAGCCCUGAGUCUGGCACUUGCCCUUUCUGGUCUUCAGUCCGGCCCCCAACCCCAGCAAAGUGGGGUUUGAGUUGGGUUAUCCCUAAGGAGCCCCCAGCUCUGACCUCAGAGGAUUCCGAGAUUCUGAGCCUCAGAGGUGCUCCGAGCUCCAUGGGGCAGAUGUUCUAGGGCUAUGCUGUUACAGCUGCCACUAGUGGGUAGCUACUUGGGUCUCAACGCAACUCAAUUAAAAGGAAAUAAAAUGAAGCAUUCAGUUCCUCAGUCACGCCGGCCACCCUCUGGCUCCCACGCUGGACCGUGGUCUGGAGUCGCCCAGGUUGCGCAAGGCACACUGCCCUCUGCCCGGCCUACUCACAUUCCUCCCGAUGCACCUGUUGACGGGCUUCAGAAGGAAGGAGGAGAGGAAGCCGCUGAGGUACAUCACCAGUGGGAUGGUGGCGAUGAACUUCUGUCGGGGCACAGUGGGCACAGGCGUGUCAGGAGUGGCUCAUCAGGCUCAGGGCCCCGCACCCCUGCCACCCGGCCGGCUCACCUUAGGCAGGCUGAGGGAGUAGGUGAGGUACAUGGCCACGUAUGUCUGGGACAGGUUCACAAUGAGCCUCGUGCUCAUGUACAGCAAGCCUACCUGUAAACAAAGGGACGGGUCAGAGGGGGCCCUCCUCUACUCCCAUAAGGGGAGCACUGGGGGCCAACGUGAGUAACCCUGCAGCUGGCACCUGAUCCAUUAGUAGUGACUGCCUAGCUGGUCAGGUGGAGAAGAGAAGAGAGCAGUGACAUUAGUAAUGUCUGCCCUGGGUGUGACUGGAGAAGGGGCUACGUUUGCUCCAGUGUCUGCCAUCCCUGCCUGCAGCCACACAGAGUAAGGGCCUGGUGGGAGAGGGGCAUCAACACCAACAUCCUCUGCCCCUAUGACAUACCUGAUAAAAGGCCGGCUCCCGAAGCCAGUGUUUCCAGAGCAGCAAGGGCCGGGCAGUAGCAGGGGCCAACAGAGGGCUGUGUUCAUCUGGCUCCUCCACCUGCCGCCGGCGCCCCUCCCUGGUGCCCAGGUGGAACAGCAGUGAGGAGACAGCUCCAACGCCCACCACCAACAGCGAGAGGUUCUGGGGACCGGGCAGGAGAGGGGUCAGCAGCGACUCUCGGCCCAAGCCCUGAGUUCAGGGCCUUGGGGCUGUCCCACCCGGGCAGCAGCCAGCCUUGGCCCACCCCGGGCCCCAGCUCACCCGGAACACCGGCACAUCUUGGACCCCCAGCUGGUCAUAGACAUCCUGAGUGGACCCCAUGUGGGGAGAGCCCUGCAGGUGGAGCAGAAGCCAGGCAGCCCCAUAGACGGUGAUGCUGGCCACCACGGUGAAGGCGUACCUGCCAGGGCACAGGCAAGGCCUCAGCAGGGCAGCCCGGGAGCCACGCAACCACUUACUCCCCAGGCAGGUGUACAGUCAGAGCGUCUGGGGAACCUCCGGCCAGGUGAUUUCAGCCACCAACACACUGGGUAGCCCAGGAAAGCCCCUGCUGGCCUCAAGUUUCCCCAGCCUGCAUGUAUCUGAUUUCUCUGGCCCAAGACCCCACUGUGAGGGCCCAUCUGCCUGGGGCCUGAAUGUAGAGACUCAGCAAAGCAGGGCCAAGUCAGGCCUGCAACCCAGAAGCCUGAGAACCCAGGAUACUCAGAAAUCCUGGGCUUCAGCUGGACAAGGGCUCCAUGGUCUAGAGUCAUCCGAGUCCACUCCUGCCUGCAGCCCCAGAGCCAUGUCCUGCCUAGGGCCCUGGCCGGGGCGAGGAGCCUCUGGAUCUCACCAGGAGUCCACUUCCCUUUCUGAAAGUGAGGACAAGAACACCCGCAGAGGUCAAGGCAAAAAUGACACGCGGCAGGCGCUAAAGCACUUGCGGGUAGAAAGCGCCCAGAGGUUGGCCUCUACCGGGCCCAGCCUAUCCCCCUCAGCUGGGGCCCUCGGGGGCCCCAGGCAUUGAGCAACCCCCGCCGUUAGUGC